UUUGGUGUUUAUCUGAAACUCAAAUGUAACUGGGCAUCCUGUAUUUUAUCUGGCAACCCUACUAAGGAGAAAAAUUCCUAUUUUGUCUUUCAAGUUCUAAGUCAAAUGACUAUUCCUACAUGAAGUCUUCAGUGAUUUCUCUGGGUAGUUUGUUUUUCCCUUCUGUUCUUUUAUAAUCUCACCUGCAUCUAUCCAUUAUAAUAUGUAUUACUCUGUAGGCGCCUGAUCCUUCCCAUUCCGACCUUUCAUCUUUUGUGGGGAAAGCGUUUUAUGUUCAUCUCUGAAUUCCCAACCUUGGAGAUGUUGAAUGAUUGAAAUGGUAAUUGAAUAAACAUUUACUGAGAGCCAGUAGGUUUAAAAGGAGGAAUGAAGGAGAACCAGCAUUUAUUAAUUGCUUUCUAUAUGCUAAAUAUAGUGCUGAUUGCUUACAAUAUUUAAUGCCCCUUAGGCCUUAUUAAUAAAAUGGACGGGCAGUCUUUGGCCGCAGGAAGAUCACAUUCUCCUGAGGCCUAUAACAUUUGGCAUAAAUAACUGAUGCCAUUCUAGUCUCUGUAUCUCCUCUCUGAGAAAGCUGAACCUGGGCCUAGUUGGCGUAGAACUCCGGUUUCCAUAGAAACAAGAGGGUCUGUAAAAGUCGAGGGAGACAGGAAGAGCAGUUUGCACUUCCGGCUUACGUCAGAGACGCGUACAACCCGGAAGUUGAGGCAGCGCGGUUGCUUAUGGUCGCUCCCUGAGAGGAUGCCGCUCGUGGUGUUUUGUGGGCUGCCGUACAGCGGCAAGAGCCGACGAGCUGAAGAGUUGCGCAUGGUGCUGGCUGCUGAGGGCCGCGCGGUGUACGUGGUGGAUGACGCAGCUGUCCUGGGCGCAGAAGACCCAACCGUGUAUGGCGAUUCUGCCCGUGAGAAGGCAUUGCGUGGAGCUCUGCGAGCCUCCGUGGAACGGCGCCUGAGUCGCCACGACGUGGUCAUCCUGGACUCGCUUAACUACAUCAAAGGUUUCCGUUACGAGCUCUACUGCCUGGCACGGGCGGCGCGCACCCAGCUCUGCCUGGUCUACUGCCUACGGCCCGGCGGCCCGAGCGCGGGACCUCAGGUGGCGGGCGCUAACGAGAACCCGGGCCGGAACGUCAGUGUGAGUUGGCGGCCACACGCUGAGGAGGACGGGAGACCCCAGGCGGCGGGCAGCAGCGUCCUCAGGGAACUGCAUACUGCGGGCUCUGUAGUAAAUGGAAGUGUCCAGGCCGACGUACCCAAGGAACUGGAGCGAGAAGAAUCCGGGACUGCAGAGUCUCCAGCUCUCGUGACUCCGGAAUCGGAGAAAUCUGCAAAGCAUGUGUCCGGUUCCUUUUACUCUCCAGAACUCCUGGAGGCCCUAACGCUGCGCUUUGAGGCUCCCGAUUCUCGGAAUCGCUGGGACCGGCCUUUAUUCACUUUGGUGGGCCUAGAGGAGCCGUUGCCCGUGGCGGGGAUCCGCUCUGCCCUGUUUGAGAACCGAGCCCCACCACCCCAUCAGUCUACGCAGUCCCAGCCGCUCGCCUCCGGCAGCUUUCUGCACCAGUUGGACCAGGUCACAAGUCAAGUACUGGCCGGAUUGAUGGAAGCGCAGAAGACCGCUGUCCCCGGGGACUUGCUCACGCUUCCUGGUACCACAGAGCACUUGAGGUUUACCCGGCCCUUGACCAUGGCAGAACUGAGUCGCCUUCGUCGCCAGUUUAUUUCGUACACUAAAAUGCAUCCCAACAAUGAGAACUUGCCCCAACUGGCCAACAUGUUUCUUCAGUAUCUGAGCCAGAGCCUGCACUAACCAGAGGAGGUAGGGAGAAGCCAUGGCUUCUGAUCUCCACUCCACGUUAUUUCUCUGGGAAGAAUAGGCUGAAGGUCUCCAGAGCAUAUCGAUGCAGUACUGUACUAGAGCUGUUGUGACUGAUUCACUCAAACUUUCCUGCAUGCCCCUGUGCCAGUCCUUGGGUUUACAGCAUAAGUUGAGACUAAAGAGAAUGGAGAACUAUCGUGGUGCAUCCUGGCAAAUCCCUCCAGAGGACGGAGCUCAGGUGGACAGGGAUUGCCUAGAUGGGAUCCUACUUGGGUUAUCACAGAGCGUUGACCAUUGGCUUCCUUCAUCUGAGGCGUGGGAGAGCAGACUGGAUGGAUGAGAAUUGUUUUAAAACAAUUGUGAACAGAAACUGAAGAUGGCACAGUUCUACAUCUGCACCUGCCCUUUUAUCAUACCACAAAAGUAUUUUUUGAGUACUGUACUGACUUUUUGCUAGUCUCUAUUCUGGGACUGAGUUCACAGAUAACUACAUUGGUGUCUGUCCUUGGGAAACUUUUGUUUUUGUGGAAGUAAGCAAGUUAUCUACUAGAUUAUUUCCUCUAAUAAAAUCUUUAAAAAUAGUCUACUGGAAUUUCUUUCACUUAAUGUUCCCUGUGUAACUUUCAUGUUAACAUUUUAGGUAUACUUGUCAUUGUUCCUUUAAGUGAAGUAGUAUUUUGAUAGUUCUGAGAGAGUAAAUGUUUUGAUCUACUCUAGAGUAAUUAUGUUGUGACAAUUUCCAUAACUGUUGUGCUUCAUUCUGUAUUUCAAGGCAAAUAUUGUAAGCUUGUCAGUUUCAUUCUUCAUUGAUUUCAUUGAACAAAUGAAAUUAAAGUAGUACUUACUUUAA